CGGGUCGGGGGUAAACGAGAUAAGGGGGCACAGCGCUUGAGCGAAACGACGCCAGUUCGAGCCGCUCUAUCAGAGAAGACCGGCGUUUUGAACAAUAUGGAAACUAGGACCCUGCAGUACACGCUGGUCGGUUUCGGCGAAAAUUUUGACUGGAAGCCUCUGCAUUUCGUUAAGCCCAUUCCACGAAACAGGCAGUGCAGUGUUUGCGGACUCGUGCGCAAGACUACCGCGCUCCUGCCGUGCAGCCACGUAGCCUGCCAUCCUUGUUACGCACAGUGCGGAGCGGACGACAGGCAUGCCUGUCCGAUUGACAGGGAAAACUUCCCUGAAGAAGACGUUGAUUGGAGAGAUUUCCCUGCCGACAAGCUGCUACAAAGAGAGGUGAGAUGCUGGAACCAUGGAAGUGGCUGCAUGGAGGUGAUGGCUAUCUCUGAAGUCUCGAAGCACUUUCACACGGAAUGCGAGUACCACUGCACCGCAUGUCCAAGAUGCUCAGCAACGGUCCUGUGCAGCUAUAUGCGCGAGCACCUCGGAGCUAACUGCCACACCCUUACAGUACCUGACGUAACAGAGUCUGGUAAACACUUAGUCGACGCUGUCGAAAGAGGAAGCAUUACAGACUUAGAAAGGGCACUGGAAGAGCGGGCAGCUGAAAUUAAGGCACUUCUGGAGCGAGCAUUCAGUCAUAAUGGCGCCAUUUGCGACAGCCUCACCGAGCUAUCCCAAACCAUCAACGCUUUGAAGGAAUCAGUGAGUGAAAAUGCUAGACCCGUUGGACGAAUCAGUGAUGAAUUACAACGCAUUCUGAACGACAUCAGCACACUACAUGAGGAGCUUAACAUUAAAAUAGCAGAUGCCAAAAAGCACAGCGCACAACAAUUUUCCCGUUUCGUAGCUGCGGUCGAAAGCGCAAAAGAAGAUACAAAAGUAAGCAACAACGCAGUGAUGCAGAAGGUGGAGGAAGCACUAGCACACACGAAAAAGAAUAUAACGCGUUGCGAGUUUUUUGUUCGUGAAGUUAAUUCGCUUGAAGCCGCGGCGGUGAAAAAUGGCUACGCGACACAGCUCAGUGGGCCUGUCUACCUGCGCGGUUACAACAUAUCGCCUGGUGUUACGAUGAAAAAUAACAAAGAAAAUAGUAUGUCCUUUUUUAUAGCUCUUAAGCUGCACAGAGGUGACCUCGACGGAGUCGUUCAGUGGCCAUUUGAGCACCAAAUCAAGCUAACUAUCCUACACCCACUUCAAAAUGGAGACAGAUCAAUAACGGUUAAGACAUCCCGCAAUCUAAUAUAUUAUCAGAAACCAACUGAAUCUAGCAACGAAAUCGUUAAGCUUCUUCAUGAGGGUAUAAAUUUAGACGAACUAGAGCAUGGCGGCUACGUUUGCGACGACAAGCUACGUGUUGUGUGGGAACUUCUUUAGGGAUCACUGGAAGCCGCCAUGAACGUCAAGGAAGCGCGCAACGGAUGAGCGAGAAGGAACGGAGUGCAACGGAGCGGUACAGACUGUUGAAUGGAGGCUGUACCAUAAAACAUCCUUUGGAACUGUUGGAAUUACAGAUGUUGACAAACACCCUA